AUGGCCGACCCGAAGUCCAUCGAAGGGAACGCAAAGCUCUCUGAAAAGGAUGCGCCUGGUACAGUAGUACUCGCAGAUACAGAAGACAUCUAUGAGAAUGACGCACUGGAUCCGGUAUAUCAGGCCAAGGCAAAAAUACUAAACGACGCGUUCCAAGAGAUUGGCAUGGGGAAGUACCAGUGGUACUUGUUCAUUGUGGCUGGAUUCGGGUGGCUAUCAGAUAAUCUGUGGCCUAUUGUUACCGGCCUCAUCCUCACACCCGUCGUAAACGAAUUCAACUUUGAAGGUCCAUUCCUCAAACUUGGCCAGAACAUUGGAUUGCUCGUAGGUGCAGUGUUCUGGGGCGUCGGAUCCGAUAUCUGGGGUCGACAAUGGAGUUUCAACCUUACUCUCCUCAUCACCGGCGUAUUUGCUGUGGCGGCUGGCGCAUCGCCGAACUAUGUGGCGCUAUGUUCGUUGGCGGCCGCUUGGAGUAUCGGUGUUGGGGGAAACUUACCUGUGGAUUCUGCUGUCUUCCUUGAGUUCGUACCUGCAUCACAUCAGUAUCUGCUCACCGUUCUCUCCGUCUGGUGGGCAUUUGGGCAGCUCCUUGGCAGCCUCGUUGCUUGGCCCCUCAUCGGCAACUUCUCUUGCCCCACGCCUACCGACACCUCUCCCUGCCUCAAAUCUACGAACGAGGGCUGGCGCUACUUCCUAUACGCAAUGGGCGGACUGAUGCUUCUCCUCUUCGUACUCCGUUUCUUCGUCUUUCAUCUCUACGAGUCCCCGAAAUAUCUCAUGGGCAGGGGUAGAGAUGAAGAGGCGGUUGAGAUCGUCAAAAAGGUGGCGAGGUACAAUGGGGUUGAGAGCCGGUUGACAUUAGAGAUGUUGCAGGAAUGUGAAAGGAUUUAUGGACCGAAGGCCGGUGGAGUUGGCGCGCUGGAUGAGGAGAAGGGUGGAAAUGACGUGGCGAUGGAGACUAGUGCUCUGGCGGCGUUUAGGAGGAGCGUCAGCGGGUUUUCAAGUGAUCACGUUUCUUCGUUGUUCGCCACAAGGAAGUUGGCUUGGUCUACGACCUUGCUAAUCAUCGUCUGGGCGUUGAUCGGUCUCGCAUUUCCGUUAUACAACAGCUUUGUCACGUACUUCUUGCAGACUCGUGGUGCCGACUUCGGUGACGGUUCAACGUAUAUUACAUAUCGCAAUCAAGUUAUCCUGAGCGUGAUCGGCGUUCCCGGUGCCCUCCUCGCUGGAUGGGCCGUUGAGAUACCCUUCCUUGGUCGUCGUGGCGCGCUAUGCAUCUCGACCAUCUUGACCGGUAUCUUCCUAUUCGCCUCCACCACUGCACGUUCCUCCAACGCUCUAUUAGGCUGGAACUGUGGCUACAGCUUCACCAGCAACAUCAUGUACGGCGUGCUUUACGCUCUCAGUCCCGAACUAUUCCCUACAAAAAGCAGAGGGACAGGCAAUGCGAUCGUGGCAGCGGCAAAUCGAGUCUUUGGGAUCAUGGCGCCGAUCAUUGCACUCUACGCCAGUCUGACGACAUCCGUUCCGAUAUAUAUCUCUGGAGCGCUGUUCAUCGUGUCAGGGUUUAUUGCGUUGCUCCUGCCGUUUGAGCCGAUGGGGAAGGCUUCGCUGUGA